UUUCCUUAACGGUAAACAUUGUAGUUAUGUUUUCAUUCUUGUACGGAUUGUUAUGUUUUUGUGCGCUGGGUUGCAGUCGACAAGCGAGCGGCCAGGUGGACGAUGGGAAGCGGUACAUCUGCCGGGCAAUACCCCUCAGCGGCGACGCCAGUUGCCCGGUGACAUUGUUACCUGAACUAAACGCCGGAAGCCAAGAAGAGGAGCUCAGAAACACUGUCAUGCAGCUACGGGAGACAAUUCUACAGCAGAAAGAAACGAUUUCCAAACAGUUAGGUACCAUCAACGAGCUGACCACCAAACUGUCCCUCUGCGUCUCAGCCACCGAUGAUAGGAAGUACGAAAAGGGGGGUUCAUGGGGUAAAGUAAAGCAAAAUACAAUGGGAGAUGUUCCCAGAGAUCCAAACGACACGAUCGACAGUCUUGGGAAAACAAUGCAGGGGCUCAAGGACCGGUUGGAGAACCUGGAGCAACAGCAGAUGCGGGCCAAUGUAUCCGGCGCCUCGUUCCCCAGUGAGCUGCGCGACCUGCUGCAGCGUCGCCUCGGGGAGCUGGAGAAACAGCUCCUGAAGAAAGUCAGCAACCUGGAGGAGGAGAAGAGCAUGCUGUCCAAUGCCACAGCCGCAUACAGGCUGAAGACAGAGAGCACGCUGAACGCCCUGGUGGAGAGGAUCAGUGAGCUGGAGAAAGGAGGAGGAGACUUCAAGUCUCCUGAGCAGUUUAAGCUGUCCCUCCCCCAGCGUACCAACUACCUGUACGGCCGGAUCACCAAGAGCCUUCCAGAGAUGUACGCAUUCACACUCUGCAUGUGGAUCAAGUCCAGCGCCAGUCCUGGCAUAGGGACACCUUUCUCUUACGGCGUGCCAGGGCAAGCGAAUGAGAUUGUGCUGAUCGAAUGGGGCAAUAACCCAAUCGAGCUGCUCAUCAACGAUAAGGUUGCCCAGUUGCCCUUGGAGGUACGGGAUGGAAGGUGGCACCACAUCUGCAUCUCCUGGACCACACGGGAUGGCCAGUGGGAUGCUUACCAAGAUGGGGAGAGGCAGGGAACUGGCGACAACCUGGCGGCCUGGCACCCCAUCAAACCUGGGGGAGUCAUCAUCCUGGGGCAGGAGCAGGACGUCGUGGGUGGGCGCUUUGAUGCUGGACAGGCUUUCGUGGGCGAACUGAGUCAGGUAAACAUUUGGGACCGCGUUCUGAAGCCGGUUGAAAUCCAGUCCAUGGCCAACUGUACAUCCUACAUGCCCGGUAAUGUGAUCUCCUGGCUAGCGAGCAAUGUGGAGGUCUUCGGGAGGGGGGCAUUCAAAAGGCCUCUGGAGGUGUGUCAGGAGCGAUUGCCCAAUGCUUGAAAACUGUCUGUCUGCCUCUCAUUUAAUUAGCUGUUGUUUCCAUCUGUUCAGCUUGUUUUUUUAAUUGUCUGCUCUUAUUGUAAAGCUGUUUAUGGAAAAUGUGUUAACAAAGCAUGGCACAUACACGUGAUAGUUGUAAACACUUUGACAAUCAGAUGUGUAGCAUUGAGCGUGAAAACACACUUAAGUGCAAAUUGUGAUGUGGAGGCUUACACAUCAAUGCCAUCAUUGACUGGUUGCUGUUUCAUUUCUAGUGGCAAUCAGAGAGCUAACAUGUCUUUCUCUACCAUAAUUAAGAUACUUCACUCCUUCAGUACUACUACCAUGGUGAAAAGGUGCCCUCAGGUAUUAUUGCUAAGACAUAAGACCAACCGCCUUCCCACACAGUCUCCCAAUACCCCUCCCUCCAGCCUCAAAGGCUUUGAAGUAAUGAAAAUCCACUGUAGUCCAGCACAGACGCAUGCAUGCAGCGCUACUACUACAAAUACAUCGAGGCCCAGACUAGCUGACAGUUUGGCGUCGACAUGUGAGUCGGCGUUGCGUGCUGUGUGGGAGUAAGUAAGAGGGAAGAUUAAAGGUCUGGCUAAUGUUAUGUCUAUUCCUUAACUAGGGAAUGGGCUUAGAGCCAACAUCAAUCAAACCUCUUGUCUUGGCUCUGGCUGGUAGUUGGAGCUUGUGUGUAAUGGCAUUAAAUACUUUGGUUAAACUUGAUUUUUGGGUAGAAAUACAAAUGUCCAUUUAGAGUUGCAACAAACAAACAAAAACUUCACCUUCUUUUAUUCUUCACACGCAGACCUGAUACCAGUGAUACUAGUGAGUCUAUCACAGUGCUUUUUUUUGUUGCCUUUUCCAUUUGAACAAAACCUCUUUGAAUGGAGGAUCAUGUCAAAAAUAUGUUCAUAGCUGCAAUGUUGUGAAAUAUUUUUACUCGUGAUUUGUAAUGUUGUUACAGUGGAUUGUCGAACCAAACAUUCAGCAGAGAAAUGUAACAGAUUAGCUCACCGAUCAAAACUCUCUGAGCAUCUAUUUUGAAUGUACUUGUACACUAAUAAUCAUUUUUAAGUGUACUACUACAGUGUCUGUCCAGGAAACUUGUUAUGUAGCUUUUUAUGUUAUCUUUACACAGUUAAUUUAACUGAAUAUUUAUCAGACAACGUCCACCCUGUCUUGUGGCC